CCACUCGACAUCUAAGAGUCGGUGCAGUGUCUAGAAGCCGCCGCCGCCGCCUCGUAUGGUGGACUUAGAAAGAUUCGGGAGCGGCUCAAGCGUCGUGCUGGAUCCGGAGGUGGGCGCGGAGGCGGAGUCGCGGAAGCUCCCCUCGUCGCAGUACAAGGGCGUGGUGCCGCAGCCGAACGGGCGGUGGGGGGCGCAGAUCUACGAGAAGCACCGCCGCGUCUGGCUCGGCACCUACGACGACGAGGCCGAGGCGGCGCGCGCGUACGACGUGGCCGCGCGGCGAUUCCGCGGCUGCGACGCCGUCUCCAACUUCCACCCGCGCGAGGGGGCCACGGCGGCGGAGGAGUCGUUCCUAGUCUCGCACUCCAAGGAGGAGAUCGUCGACAUGCUCCGCAAGCACACCUACCGCGACGAGGUGCGGCAGGGCGCGAGGGCAUGGCGCGCCGCGGGGCAGAGGUGCGAGGACGCGUCGCCGCGUGAGCACCUCUUCGAGAAGGCGGUGACGCCGAGCGACGUGGGGAAGCUGAACCGGCUGGUGAUCCCGAAGCAGCACGCCGAGAAGCACUUCCCGAGGGCAAGCGCCACCAGGGGCGUGCUGCUCAACUUCGAGGACGCCGGCGGCAAGGUGUGGCGGUUCCGCUACUCCUACUGGAGCAGCAGCCAGAGCUACGUGCUGACCAAGGGCUGGAGCCGGUUCGUGAAGGAGAAGGGCCUCUGCGCCGGCGACGUCGUCUCCUUCCAGCAGCGAUCGAUAGGCCCGGACAAGCAGCUCUUCAUCGGGUGGAGGUCGCGGCCGGCGCUUGAUGUCGUCAGGAUCUUCGGGGUCGACAUCGUUAAGAUGCCGACGGCCGGCGGCGACGCGAGGAGUAGGAAUGCGGAGUUGACGGCGACGAGUGAAUCCUCGUUCCAGAAAGCAGGAUCUUUGGGAAAGCAUUGGAUUUUUUAGGAAUCAUUUAUUAUUAACAAAUAUAUAAGGAAAAAUACGAAUAAAAGAUUGCUCAACGUGGUUAUUUGUUACGA